AUGAGCACUGCUUCUGCUACCAGUGAACCAACAGCAUUCGAUGUCUUGAUCAUCGGUGCCGGUAUAUCCGGAAUCAACACUGCAUAUCGGUUGCAGAAGGCAUUUCCGCAGUACCAAUACGCCAUAUUAGAAGCACGAGACAGCAUUGGAGGCACAUGGGACCUUUUUCGCUAUCCAGGGAUAAGAUCAGACUCUGACCUUUACACCUUCGGCUUUUCGUGGUAUCCUUGGAACAGAUCGAAUCCCAUUGGAGAGGGAAAGGAUAUUCGUGCAUAUCUUCAAGAUGCUAUGACGGCACAUAACAUUGCCCCCCAUGUCCUUCUCAAACACCGCGUGCUCUCUGUCGAAUGGGAUCAACAACGCUGGACUGCCAACGUUCAAAAUGAAGACUUCCAAUAUCAAUUCUCUUCGAAGUUCAUUAUAUUUGGAACUGGGUACUACGACUAUGACAAGCCGCUAGCUACGACGAUCCCCGGCAUACAAAACUUCAAAGGAGAUGUUAUUCACCCGCAGUUCUGGCCAGAGACAUUUGAUUAUGCAGACAAAAAUAUUGUUGUCAUUGGUAGUGGUGCCACUGCUGUAACUCUUGUACCAAAACUUGCCGAAAAGGCCGAUCGUGUGACAAUGCUACAGCGAAGUCCAACAUACCUUGCGUCGGUCACUAAUCUUUCCUCUGGGGGUUGGCUGAGCCGCAUCCUACCAAGCUCGGUGAAUUACUACGUCAAUCGAUUCAAGCGUCUUGUUUUGGGCCGUCUGAUGUUCCUUUUCUGCAGAACAUAUCCCAAUGCCGCGAGAGCUUUUCUGGAAAAACGGAUCGUUCCGCAGCUCCCCCCGGGAGUUCCAUUGAGCCCGCACUUCAAACCACGCUACAAGCCAUGGGAGCAAAGGCUCUGUGCCUGUCCGAAUGGCGACUUUUUCGCUGCCCUACGCUCUGGAAAAGCACAGAUCGAAACAGAUUACAUCGAAACAGUCGAGUCUGAUGGAAUUCUACUGAAAUCAGGCAAAAGAUUGUCCGCCGACACCAUUGUCACAGCGACUGGUCUGAAGCUGCAGUUCGCUGGUGGAAUUCCCAUUAUAGUGAAUGGCGAGAAGCUCGACAUCUCAGAGAAACAUAUCUGGAACGGCAUCAUGUUGCAAGAUGUGCCCAAUGCGGCCCUUCUUCUUGGGUAUACCAACGCUGCUUGGACAUUGGGCGCUGAUGCGAGCAUGUCCUCCAUCUGCCGGCUUCUCAGCCUCAUGGAAACCAAGGGCUACUCUGUAGCCUGCCCCAGUCUGAGAGACCCAUCAAAAUUGGAGCUACGUCCAUUACUCGAUCUUGCCUCGAAUUACAUUACGCGUGCACAGGGUGCCGCGCCCAAGGCUGCUUCUCUGCGACCGUGGACAGGUCGGACUAAUUAUUUUUCGGAUUUGUACUUUGCAACCUUUGGGAACAUUACGGAAGGGUUGGAACUGACUACCUAG